AUGCUGGAAGUGGGCAGUAUUUUCUUCGACGACAACGAUCCUCAGACCCGAUUGCCGGCUCCGUUGGGCGCUGUUUGCAUCCCCGAAGAGGAUAACAGAGACUUGGAAGUAGGCGAAGCAGCAUUGGCCGCGCUGGUUGGUGGGAUUCGUUUUUUGCAGUGCUUUGAUGAUUAUCUUGGCGUUGAUGGUUUUGUCGUAUUGACAAUACGCGAGGAGAAGAAAGUGUGUGUUCAGAUUCAGCCAUUUUUAUUGUUGUAA